CGCCACUUACCAGUCCUCCUUUUCCUCUCUAAUAUUGAGUAUGGAACUGCUAAUAAUCAAUGCAGGACAGAGGUAAACAUACAAGGUAUGGCUCUCAAGCGAUCCGUCUUUAAAAGGUGGUCGGUGGCGGCUCCACAUCUUUGCGAUGUGAAAUGUGGACAAGAGAUCACGUGCCAGAGCUAUAACUACAAUAGGAAAUACAAGAUAUGUGAACUUAAUAACCGCACCAAGGAGGCAAGACCGGAAAAUUUCCUCUCAGCACCUGCAUGGUUUUACAUCCGGCGACUGAACGGCAGAGCUCCCUUGGGUUCUAUUCCUGAUAUACCAGCGUUAUCUUGUCACGAAAUAAAGGCGAGUGAAGGAAAAGACACUAUCAGCGGCAAGUACUGGCUGGAUCCAACGGGCACUGGGAAGGCAGUAUUGAUUUACUGUGACAUGAUUAAAGAGGAUAUGGAUGCAUGCAAGGGAGACAAACAUGACUGCGACCCGAAUGCAAACUGUACUAACACUUAUGGUUCCUAUGAUUGUGCGUGUAUGGAAGGGUACACUGGUGAUGGGCACUCAUGUGCGGAUAUUGACGAAUGUAAAACAAAUCUUUGCUCUUGCCACGUAAAUGCUGACUGCCUAAACACCAUUGGAUCGUACGUUUGUCGUUGUCACACUGGAUACAUUGGAAACGGCACCACUUGCAAUGCUGAUGUGUGCCAAUUCCACACUGUUCUGGAAGAUUAUGACAGAGACGUUAAGAACCGAACCCUGCCUGGAUAUGUAAAAUGUGACCAUAAUCUGAACUCCGGUUGGUAUCGCUUCCUGAACAUUUCAGGAAUAACAAUGCCGACUACAUGUCCACCUCGUUACACUUGCAGUACACUAUAUCCAGGUUGGUUGAAGGGCGAUCAUCCCACAGUGGAUGAGGGAGAAGUAAAAAGGACCGUCUGCUUCAGCAAGGGCUUAGGCUGGUGCUGUGAGGAAGCAUCCUUCAUUUGGGUGAAGAACUGCAGUUCCUUUUACGUCUACCGUUUGCCAUCAUUAGCCAAAUGUCCGUACCGUUACUGUUUCACGACAGAGGUAAACAUACAAGGUAUGGCUCUCAAGCGAUCCGUCUUUAAAAGGUGGUCGGUGGCGGCUCCACAUCUCUGCGAUGUGAAAUGUGGACAAGAGACCACGUGUCAGAGCUAUAACUACAAUAGAAAAUAUAAGAUAUGUGAACUAAAUAACCGCACCAAGGAGGCAAGACCGGAAAAUUUCCUCUCAGCACCUGCAUGGUUUUACAUCCGGCGACUGAACGGCAGAGCUCCCUUGGGUUCUAUUUCUGAUUUACCAGCGUUGUCUUGUCGCGAAAUAAAGGCGAGUGAAGGAAAAGACACUAUCAGCGGCAAGUACUGGCUGGAUCCAACCAGCAGUGGGAAGGCAGUAUUGAUUUACUGCGACAUGAUUAACGAGGAUACGGAUGAAUGCAAAGAAGACAACCAUGACUGCGACCCGAAUGCAAACUGUACUAACACUUAUGGUUCCUAUAAGUGUACAUGUACGGAAGGGUACACUGGUGAUGGGCACUCAUGUGCGGAAAGAAAUCGGACGAUGAUGUUUCCACAGUACUACAACUUUCCCGGAAGACGUUUAAUAAAUCAUGUUAUCCAAAGCGUAAUCGUCAAUAACUUGGAUUACUGCGUACUUUUUUGCUACCUGAACGACAACUGCGUCAGUCUGAACUUCAAGAAAAAUGCAGAGCUUGGGGGAAAAGGCUAUAUCUGUGAAGCAAAUAAUGCCACUCAUAUUGAAUAUGACGGUGAUCUGAUACAUGAUGGCGAUUUUUAUUAUCACGGUUCGAAGAGUGCCUGCGAUAAGAAUUCCUUGUGCCAAAAUAAUGCAACUUGUCAGUCUGGUUUUACGUCAAAGGGAUAUCGAUGCUUAUGCCCUCCUGGUUUCGAGGGUGAAUAUUGCGAAAAAGAUAUUGACGAAUGUAAAAGAAAUUUUUCCCAUUGUCACGUAAAUGCUGACUGCCUAAACACCAUUGGAUCGUUUGUUUGUCGUUGUCACACUGGAUACAUUGGAGACGGCACCAAUUGCAAUGAUUAUGACAGAGACAUUAAUUACCAAACCCCGCUUGGAGACGAAAAAUGUGACGAUAAUCUGAACUAUGGUUGGUAUCGCUUCCUGAACAUUUCAGGAAUAACAAUGCCGACUACAUGUCCACCUCCUUACACAUGCGGCACAACAUUUCCAGGUUGGUUGACGGGCGAUCAUCCCACAGUGGAAGAUGGAGAAGUUAGCAGGAGAGUCUGCUUCACCAGGCACUCAAGCCUGUGCUGUUACUAUUCUUACUUCAUUAUGGUGAGGAACUGUACUUCCUUUUACGUCUAUCGUUUGAUACCAACGAGAUGCAACUUCCGGUUCUGUUUCACAUACAACUAA